ACAAUUUCUUCUCUCAAUUCUCUACUUCCACUUUCUCUCUCUAAAAAACUUUCCGAGCGAUGUCGAGGCGGCCCGGCAAGGAAGUGGCGGCACAGGCGGCGGGUGGACAGCGGUUUUCCGGCGAGAAGGCAUCGUAUUUUCGUUCUGGGGCUGGGAAGAGUAUGGACAUUAUGAGAAGUACGAUGAACUCAAUGGAGAGCUCGGGGCCCAGACACGUUAGAUCCCGUGGUAUUUCGGCCUCGGCUCGUAGAGAACGGGUGCACUAUUCUGAGGAUGAUGAAGAUGAUGAUGGUGAUGAGGAGGAGGAGGAGGAGGAUGCAGAUGAGGAUGUGGACGAUCAGAGUGGACCAUAUGAUGAUUACGGUCCAUUCAGUCAGAGGCUUGAUGAUGUGUAUGAGACGCGUAGGGUAGACGUGCGUAAGGGUAGAGAUGGUAGAUUUGUUAGUAGAUCUGGCACAUCAUCUGCGUCCACUGUGUCUGCGGUUAGCAGAAAACGGUCGAGGGCCGUUAAUGAUUCUUGGGUGGUGAGGGGCGAGGUGGCUGGGGGACCUAUAGACGGGAGUGUGAUUCCUAGCUUUCUAGGACACAUCGCUACCCGUAUUUGAGGAGAGGGACAACAUGACGACUGCAACAGGCAGAGCUGUUAUUGAUGAACUGGAACGGGCCCUUGAGCAGUGGCAGUGGGCGUCACAGAGAGAUUAUUGAUAUGUCGGCAGUGCAUUUAUAAAACAUUUUCCUAGUUGUUUGUAAAAGUUAACAUUAUCUGUUCUUAUAAUUAUUAUUUUAAGUUCUUAGAAUUUGACAUUA